AUGAGAGCAAGAGGCUAUGCUAUGCAGGUCUAUCAGCUGAAGCUCAGUGACAGGGCUGGAAAACCAAAGUUUGCCCUGUGGAAUUGGUUGCCAUGGAGAGAAUUCUUUACUGCCCGAAGCUGCCUCCCAGACUUCCAAGAAGCAAAGACACAGCCGCAGCAGUCUGUGCAGGCGGGUACCAUCGGAAAGCAUGUCGAUUUGAUCUCAGGAAAGCUGCUGGGUGAAAAUCACAUGAAUAGCUACCUUGUUGAUGUUCAUAUUGGUGAUCGUUGGGGAGCAGAAACUUUUGCUAAUGUCUUUAUAACUCUGCAUGGAGAACGAGGAGACACUGGAAUAAGAAAGCUGGAAAAGUCUUUAGUAAUUGGAGAAAAGUUUCAACAGAAUAAGACGGACUCAUUUUUGGUGAAAGCAGUAUCUUUAGGCCAACUGACAAAGGUGAUCAUUAGUCAUGAUGGAGAAGGUUAUGGUGCUGGCACAUAUUUGAAGAUGAUAACUGUACGUGAAUCAAAGGAUUCAACCAGAGAAUGGGUGUUCCCAUGCUGGAGAUGGUUGGAUGACCACAUUGGAACAAAGCAAACUAGUCGUGAACUUACUUUGUUAGGUGAAAGACUUGUUGCCAGUGCCAAGAACUUGUUACAGAAUUUGUCAGAUGUAUGGAUAAUGACAAUCUCAAGCUCAAAUUUGAAAAUAGAUCAUGGUCCAGUGCAAGUAAUAAUUACUAUUUAUGGUAAAGAUGGGCAAAGAAAAAUCCCAGUUGGUAUUCAAGAUGAAACAACACAAGUGAAGGCUGAACUGGCAGGUGUGGGGAUAAUUUUUAAGCUCCGUGUCAGUCCCAAACCUGGUGUCCUGAAGCAACCAUGGAAAUUAGAUUUGAUCAAUAUGAAACAGACUUCUAAUAAGGCAGAGCUCUGGUUUGCUUUUAACUGGUGGAUUAAACCAAAUACUAUACAGGGGCGGGAGCUCCCUGCACUGAAUCCUAUGGAAGAUCCUCUUCCUGUUGUGGAAUAUAAUGUUCAUAUAUAUACUGGAGAAAUGGCAAAUGCAAGUGCUGUUGGAACAGCCUUCAUUAUUGUGCAUGGGGACAAAGGAGAUUCUGGAGAACAAUGGCUGACAAAAUCUAAUUCAGAAAGUGUUACGUUUUAUAAAGGGAAGAUGGACACGUUCAAGUUCAGUGCAGUUUUCCUGGGUAAACUCUAUCAUAUUAAUGUUGGCUACAAGGGUCAGAAAAAAGAUGAUUGGUUCCUGGAGAAAAUCAUUAUAACAGAGGGAGAACUGCCUGUUUCGAAACAUACAUUUAUCCAUGAUAAUUUCAUUGGAGAACGUCAGAAAAAUAAUGAAUUUUCUGAAGCAAUAAUCCAUCUUAAAGAAGCUGUUGACAUUUUCACUAACCCUUUGGACCAUAUUACAAUUGACCGCAAAGAACCAUGGCAGAUGUGGAUGCAUACAAUGUCUGACAGUGGAGAGUUAUUACAAAAACCUGAAAUUUCUUUAAUUGUAUUUGGAACAAAGGGAAAAUCUCCUUUGAUGGAAAUUGCAAAUGUGAAAAAUAUUCCAUUUGAGGUAACCCUUGAAGGAAUUGGUGAAAUCAAAAAAGUUUCCUUUGUGCUAUUAAAUCCGUACCUCAAUAGAGGAAUAAGACUAUUUAAGUUUCGCAUGAAAAACCUCAAAACAAAACAGGAACUGGGUUUCAACACUGCACAUUGUUGGUUGUUUGGAGAGCACGGAUCUGAAACCGUGACCGAACUGGCAGCUAUUCAGCCAGACCGAGAGCCACUGAGAGGCAAGUAAAAUCAGUUUAACAAUUACCUACAAGCAAUCCAAUCAUAUCAUGACAGAAAAAUAUGAAGUUAGAUAAAUCUCCAAGGCCAAGCCAGGUUUAUCCAAGCUGUGUACAUACAUCUAUUGAUGCUUCUGGACACAUCUUCAGUGAUGUUCCUGGAAUCAUCAGGUGUUUCGGGU